AUGGCAUCUCAGGUUCAUGAUAUCGGUCGCGAUCAGGAAGACCUGAACGCGAAUGAGAAGUAUGUCGACGAGAAGCAUGGAGCAGCCCACAUCGAUCUGGCAAACAGCGCUUCAGCAAAAAUCCGGAACCCUCUCGCGCAUCUCAGUAAUGAAGAGGUCGUUAGUGACGUGAAAGAAUUUGCAAAUUCCAGUGGCUUGGGAGAAUUGACACCGACAUUGGUGAAAGGUGCGCUGGUCGCGAAAGACCCUCCGGCCUUCGAGACAGUCCCUGGCCUCACUGAGGAUGAGAAGGAGGCCAUCAGAAAUGAAGUGCUGCACAAAUGGAGGCAGCCGACGGCUCUCUACUUCACCAUCAUCCUGUGCUCUAUUGGUGCCGCCGUGCAAGGUUGGGAUCAAACCGGUUCCAACGGGGCCAAUCUUUCGUUUCCCGAUGCUCUAGGCAUUCCCGUCUCUAAGACCCUGGCGGAUGGCUCGCCAAAUCCGAAUGCUUCUCGCAACCAGUGGUAUCAGGGAUUGAUCAAUGCUGGUCCUUACAUUGCUUCUGCUUUCAUCGGUUGUUGGUGCUCGGAUCCGCUGAACAACUAUUUCGGUCGACGUGGAACAAUCUUCGUGUCUGCAAUCUUCUGCCUGUUGUCUCCCAUUGGCAGUGCUGUUGCCCAAACCUGGGAACAACUCUUGGUCACCAGACUCUUGCUUGGAAUUGGUAUGGGAUGUAAAGGGUCGACCGUGCCCAUCUUCAGCGCCGAGAACGCUCCUGCAUCAAUCCGAGGCGGGCUCGUCAUGUGUUGGCAGAUGUGGACGGCUUUCGGUAUCUUCCUGGGAACUUGUGCCAAUCUGGCUGUCAAAGACACCGGAAAGAUCUCGUGGCGUCUCCAGUUUGGUUCGGCCUUACUGCCUGCCAUUCCGCUGCUGAUUGGGAUCUACUUCUGUCCAGAAUCUCCUCGUUGGUAUAUCAAGAAAGGCAAAUACUCCAACGCCUACAGGUCCCUCAAGAAACUUCGCAACACCGAACUCCAAGCCGCCCGCGACUUGUAUUACAUCUUUGCUCAACUACGCAUGGAAGCUGCCUUGGUUGACAGGCAGACGAACUACAUCACCCGUUUCGUCCAAUUGUUCACCAUCCCCAGAGUUCGUCGUGCGACUCUGGCCUCCUUCACAGUCAUGAUUGCCCAGCAGAUGUGCGGAAUCAAUAUCAUCGCCUUCUACAGCUCCACCGUCUUCGAACAGGCCGGUGCUUCCGUCACGAACUCGCUCCUCGCCUCGUGGGGAUUUGGUCUAGUGAACUUCGUCUUCGCCUGGCCAGCCAUCUGGACAAUCGACACUUUCGGCCGUCGAUCUCUCCUCCUGUUCACCUUCCCCCAGAUGGCCUGGACACUUCUUGCUGCCGGUCUUUGCUAUCUGAUCCCCAGCAGCAGCUCGGCUCAUUUGGGUCUUGUGGCUCUCUUCAUCUACCUGUUCGCCGCCUUCUACUCUCCAGGAGAAGGUCCAGUCCCAUUCACCUACUCGGCCGAAGUGUUCCCGCUGUCCCACCGUGAAGUGGGCAUGUCCUGGGCCGUAGCCACAUGUCUCUUCUGGGCAGCCGUUCUCUCGAUCACGUUCCCCCGAAUGCUUUCGGCCAUGACUCCUACGGGCGCCUUUGCGUUCUAUGCCGGCUUGAACAUCUGCGCUUUGGUCAUGAUUUUCUUGUGGUUGCCCGAGACAAAACAACGCACUUUGGAGGAACUGGACUACAUCUUCGCCAUCCCGACCCGCACAUUCAUGAAACAUCAGGUCGGCACCGUUCUGCCCUGGUGGAUCAAGACCACUAUCUUGCGCCGCAAGAUCGGCCCUUGCCCGGCUCUCUGGUCGUUCGACGGCCAUGUUGACAACGACAAGGAAUUCGUCGAGACGAUUCGUCGCCAGAGCGUGGCUGUGGCUGAGGGCCGACGUCGGAGCAGCAUUGCUGACAAGAUUGCGAAUCGAUUCUAG